AUGGAGCAACCGUCCAUGCCUCUCUGGCUAAGCAGCUUUGAAGAAGAUAUUGACACGUACAUUUUCAUUUCCUCAAGGGAUAACAAAUUGUAUUUAGGGAUACUAAGAACGUACGAUCAGCACGGGAAUAUAUUCUUAACACACUGUGUUGAAAAAAUUAUAGUUCCAGAAAAAAAGUAUUUUUCGGAUGUCUACGUUGGAAAUCUAAUAAUUAGAGGAGACAAUAUUGCGUAUUUCGGUUCAUUGGAUGAAGAUAAAUACUCGAUAAUGUUUGACUACUCAGAAAAAAAUAGUAGUGAUAUGGACUUUAAUGAUAAUGAAGAUAUGGAAACGCCAAAUAAAAAAGAAAAGGAUUCAAAUGGGAAUAUUAUUCUGAAGUACAGACCGAUAAACCAUAUCUUGAAGUUCAUAACUGAGAAUAAUAACGAUUCAUGGGUGUUUGAAAAUUAA